AAUAAACGGGGACGCUUUCCGCUCCCCUUGGUUGGAGCCUCUGGUCAUGUCUUGCCUGCGGCACCGCUCGAUACAUGGUGUCAGAAGUGGGAUCAACGCCGACGUCCAGUCUUGGUGAACCGAAGAUUAUACUACAAGACCAGCCCCAUGGACUUCCUGAAGCCACCAGGCCCGCUGAGCUCGGCUGGUGAAAUUGCCAAGAACUGGCAGGCAUUCAAGCAAAGGUUCGAAUUUUUCCUCGCCGCGUCAGAACAGCCAACCGGCAAGCCUCGAACGGAAUCAUGCAAGACAGCACUUCUGCUGAGCGUUGCAGGCGAGGAAGCCAUCGAGAUCUUCAACACGUUCAGCUUUGGCGAAGACGAGAGCAGGAAUGACUACGCCACUGUCAUUGCGAAGUUCGAUGCAUAUUGUGCGGCUGAGCAGAACGAAGUCCAUGAGCGCUACGUUUUCCGUACGCGAGUCCAGGCCCCUGGUGAGCUUUUCGAACCUUUCUUGCGAGACUUAAAGAACCAGGCACGAGCAUGUAACUUUGGCUCCCAAAUGGACGCAAUGAUUAGGGACCAAAUUGUUUAUGGAACUAACGACGAGAAACUUAGAGAAAGGUUGCUGCGGGACACUACGCUGAAUUUAGUGAAGGCUGAGCAGGCUGCUAAAGCAGCUGAAGCGACGGCAGCGCAACAAAAAGUUUGGGCACGAGACGAAAGCCACAUUGACGCGAUGCGUAAUUAAGGAACACCCAAGUAAACAAAGUGAGUUGCCCAGGCAUUACAAGUGUCCUAAGUGCGCACGUAUGCACCCGCCACGAAGGUGUCCUGCAUUCGGGAAAACAUGUCGCAAAUGUCAACGCCCCAACCAUUUCGCUAUCUGCUGCAGACGAUUUGCCGAUAUAGGCGAACUUCAGGGCGGUGAAGAUAACUUUGACAUUCUGGACGUGUCAAGCUGCGCACCAAAGCAACACGACUGGACAGUUGUCGGCCAAAUCAAGAACGUACCACUUGAAUUCAAGGUCGACACAGGAGCGCAAGCAAAUCUACUACCUUUCGGUUGCUACCGUAAAAUUCGCCCGAAACCGCCCCUGAAACCAAGCAGCGCGGUGUUACGUUCGUAUGGCGGAGGGGUUAUCAAGCAUGAUGGCGUCAUUCGUGCAGAAUUAGCACUAGGUGACCGUUGCGCCGUCCUCGACUUCUUCGUGGUGUCCAAGGGGUAUCAGGCCAUCCUGGGCUUACAGGCUAGCGAAAAUCUUGGACUUGUGUCACGCAUACACGCAGUAUCUCGAAACAGUUCCGAGGAAGUCGCAAGAAACUUUCGCCACUUGUUCACAGGAACCGGGUGCGUUGAAAGGGUCUAUCGAAUGGUUCUACGUGACGACGCCACGCCAAUCGUCCAAGCAGCCCGACGAGUGCCGCUGGCCCUACAGGAACCCUUGCGAGAAGAACUGGGACGUAUGGAGCGCGCGGGCAUCAUAACCAAAGUCACCGAGCCCACAGACUGGAAGGCCAUUGGCGACAUGCCCCCGAGGUUGCAGCGUUUUUUCCUGCGCCUUCUUCGCUAUGACGUAAAACUUCAGUUCACACCAGGGAAGCAACUGCUUCUCGCUGACAUGCUGUCACGUGCAACAACCGGACCCAUCACGGGAAACGACGUCAUCAACGACGACACUGAAGUGCACGCAGUAAGUGUUGUUUCUUCACUUGUCACCGAUAACACCUGGAAGAGGUUGGCUACGGAAACUAGUCGGGAUGAAGAAUUAAAGCAAGUUCUUGUGGACUUGGCGGCAGGAAAAGCACUCCAAGGCCACUGGAAAUCUUUUGAAGGAGAGCUUUCUCACGUGAACGGAGUCCUCUUAAAAGGGUGCAAAGUUGUAAUUCCGGCUACGAUGAGGAAAGAAACUUUGGAACGCAUUCAUCAAGGUCAUCUGGGCAUCAAUAAAUGCAAAUCACGGGCCAGGCAUCUUGUCUUCUGGCCAGGAAUAAACCGUGACAUAGAAACUUUCGCACAGGCGUGUUCUGCAUGCAAAACGUACGCGUACAGACAGCCCCAAGAGCCGUUACAGUUGCGCCCAGUACCUGAUAAACCGUGGCAUCGUGUCGGCAUCGAUAUUUUUGAGCAUGGUGGACGGUCAUACCUGUGCGUCUACGACGCAUUAUCAAACUUUCCUGAAGUAGAGCUGCUAAAAGAUACUACCGCGAAGACGGUCAUUGAAGCAACAAGUGCAAUUUUUGCUAGAUACGGCAUACCAGUUGAAGUUUGUUCGGAUAAUGGCCCACAAUUUUCUAGCCACGCUUUUGCUGCGUUUGCCCGAAGGUACGACUUCAUCCACACCACUUCCAGCCCUCGGUACCCCCAGUCCAACGGUCUGGCGGAAAAAGGCGUGCAAGUAGUUAAGAGGAUUUUAAAGAAAAGCACUCAAAUGAAUCACGAUUUUUGGCUUGGUCUUCUUGCCUACAGAUCUACUCCAAUGGAAUCCGGACCAUCACCUGGCGAAGUACUUCAAGGAAGACGACUACGGACAACGUUGCCCGACGUCCGGCCCUGCCCAGGUCGCAGCGUACAGAAGCAUCGUCAGACCGACCGUUGCAGCCGACGACUACCACCACUCAACCCCCGAGACACGGUACGCAUCAGAGAAGGGGAGUGGGCCACCAAAGGUCAAGUCGUUCAAGCUGCGACAUAUCCCCGGUCGUAUAACAUAAUCACUGAGGAUGGCAAAUUCCUGCGGCGCAAUCGGCGACAUCUGCUGCCUACAAGAGAAGCUUUUCGACAAAGAGGCCUUUGUGACUCUGAGGAAGACCUCCGCCAAGGGGCUGACGGAAGACCUUCACCAUGCAGCAGCAACACUGUCGCCGAGUCACCGGCCACAACUGGCCACAUUCCCGCCUCAUCCAACGCUCCUGCAUGCUUGCAGCAGAACCAAGAACCUGCGUUCAGAAGGUCAACCCGAGAGCGAAGGCCCCCACAGAGGCUUACUUAUAAUCGAAGCUUUGUGCAAGUUCCCUAAAUCGCGUUCUCAAUAUUCAU